CCUUCCACUCUCUCGCCAUCUUCAUCAUCCAUCAACAUACACUACCCAUCUUUCUCAAAUGGCUUCUAAUAAGCUUCUUCUUCUUCUUCUGUUUCUUGCUGGUGCUCUUGUUUCAUCCUCCCACGCUGCGAGGAAGCUCGCUGGGACCAAUGACAAUGGCUCGUUUGAGGAUCAGAAGAACUUGUUUCACCAUGGUGGUGGUGGUCUAGGUGGAGGAGGUGGCGGUGGUUUUGGUGGCGGCGGAGGUGUAGGUGGCGGUGCAGGAGCUGGAUUUGGAGGAGGUGCUGGUGCAGGUGGGGGAGCUGGUGGCGGACUUGGUGGUGGAGGUGGUGGUGGGUUUGGUGGUGGUGGAGGUGGCGGAGUCGGCGGUGGAGCCGGGUUCGGAGGAGGGUCUGGAUUCGGGGGUGGUGCAGGUGCAGGCGGUGGGCUUGGUGGGGGAGCUGGAGGUGGCGGUGGUGGAGGUUUUGGAGGAGGCGGCGGGCUUGGCGGUGGAGCCGGGGGAGGAUUUGGUGGUGGAGCCGGAGCUGGAGGAGGGCUUGGUGGCGGAUUGCCUUGAAAACCAGACUACGAGAACAAGAGGAUUGAUAUAAAGCUGCAUUCGUCUUGUGCGUGGCCAAAAAUGAAAACGAAAAGCUAUCUAUAUAUUCUUGUGCUUCAUUAUAAUUUUUUUUUUUUUAACGUUUGCGUACGUGUAAUGUGUCCAUGCAUGUCUGUUGUAUGUUUGUUGUCACUUCUUAUUGUAACAAGAAAAAAGUGCGAAUACGUUAAUUGUAAGCCUCCUAAAAGGAUUCUAAUCCUAGAUUUAUUUAAUCGAAAAUGAUAUUUCAAAUCAAGAAAUAUACUUCUUUCGAAGCAAAAA